UUUUCUGAAAUCCAUUCGCUUUUCCAGGCUGGAAAACGCGCCGGAUAGCGCAUUCUAAUAUUUCCCGUGCGCGGCGCUACUCGACUCGAUGGCGGGCGGUAUUCAACAGGCUGAUAUUUAUAGAUUCGAGAGUUUCGUGCAAAGCUACACAACGUUUUAGGCGUCAAAAUCCAGUUCCGAUGUUCGUCAACAUCCACGCGAUGAUCCAUAGUUUUCAAUUUGAUCGUAUGUAUUCCAUAAAUUACAGCAGUCAGUAGUCGUUAUUUUCAGAAAACGAAAGAGACUUACUAAAGUACAGCAUUCAAAUAUCGUGUGGAGUCAAUCAAACCGUGUAGCUGACGUUUGAAUAUCGUUAAUACUACUUUUGGUCGCGACACAUUCCUGUUGAAACGAUGUAUCACAUCAGGACGUUGGACCAAAGAAGAGAAAAUUGGAAAGAACAGACAUCUUCCACUUCCAUAGUCCACGUAACGUUUUCUUUCUCGAGUAUUAGUCAUACAUCCAUUUGAUCAAAAACGUGUGAUCUUCGCAAGGGUGGGAAGAGUGAGACUGAAGAGGAGACUCGGUGUCUUCUAACCUUUUCCUUUAAAAAUUUCUGUGACAACCUCAGAGAUUUUCCUUCUCGCUUGGAAGCCAUACCUUUUUAAUUAUAAUCGUAGCCCUUAUUAUUAUUAUUAAUUGGUGCACAAAGGUUAAAAACGUUGAAAUCAGUGGUAAGUGAACAGUGCUGAAGGUGACAUCGAAUCUGAAAAAGUCAAUCAAUUGUCAGAACUUAUUCAGGCGAGUAACGAUAUCGUUGAUACAAUUAAAAUGACCAAUUAAGGAGUCCAGUGUAAUCCUCGAUAAAGGAGAUGAUCGAGAUUCAGAAGAUUUAAUGGUUAUACUUCGUUUCUUGUUGACUUGACUCAUCAAGGUCACAAUUCCUCCGAUGACCCAUUUCUUUAGUCGAGAACAGUCUAUUAUAAUUUCACUAACAAUGUGACGUGUUUUGCCCGCUGCUUCUUCGCGAAGGUAAAGCCAGUAAGUUUUAAUCGAUUGGAAGUGACCGAUGCCUUGUUCGUGGCGGACAGAAAGGAAAAUGUUGCUGGCCGAUGGACGAGAAUUCUUCUGGCAUUACGCGGCCAAGUGGCCCGGAAUUCGAGCGUCACGAGGCGGGAAACUAAAAAGAUAGCAUCGACGAUCGGGCACGCGGUGAUUCAGGUACUGAUUCGCGAACGUUUAGCAUAUUACCAGCGUUAUUUUUCGACGUUGAAGCAUUUGAAUGAAUUGUCAUCAAUGACAAAAGAAUUAGUGUGGACAGAAGGUAAAGAGAGUAAGUAGGUGAAUAGGAAAAUGAUGUUCACCGGUGGUGCUCACGCGAAGAGGCGCAACGCAGGCGGUGGUUCAGGCCGGAAGUCCUCCGCGGACCGUAGAAGCCCACGAGCUGGAAGAAGUCCACAGGCUCGUAAGAGCCCGCAGGCACGAGUGGGCGCGGAAGGAUACACUUACAGAACCAGAAUUCCAGUACUAAAUCCAACGGAUCUACCACCGACAACGUCCACAGGGAAAACAUAUGUAUAUAAAACCAGGGUUCCUCGACGGGAUAUCGCGGCUGCAUCUGUGUCUCCUGCAUGCGAAAAAAACAACAUUGGAGGAGCAAUUACGAAAAGAAGAGGAGCAGUAAAACAUAACAAGGUGCACGUGGUUCGAGGUCACAAACUAGUUGCAAAAUUCUUCAGACAACCGACCUUCUGCGCCUUUUGCAAGGAUUUCCUUUGGGGAUUCGGAAAACAAGGGUAUCAAUGCCAAGCCUGCCAAACAGCGGUGCACAAGAAGUGCCAUGAUAAAUUGUUAACCAAGUGCCCGGAAAGUGGCAGGGAAUCCGAAAACACGAUAUACUUGAGGGAGCGUUUCAAGGUAGAUGUGCCUCACAGGUUUCGUCCUUAUACGUUCAUGUCACCGACCUUUUGUGAUCAUUGCGGUUCCUUGUUGUAUGGUUUUUUUCGACAAGGUCUCAGGUGCGACGGUAAGUAAGAUUUAAGCCAAAGAAUUUUCAUGAAAACAAUCAUCUUGUAUAUAUGUAUAUCCUUUUCACCUUGAUGCACCUUAAGUUUAAGUUUCACCAUGAUAGCAAUUUAAAUUUGUAUCACAAGUUCUGUAAAAUUUAACUUUUAAAGUAAAUUUUGAAACUAAAGUUAGUUGUAGAAUUCACUUGAAAUAGAAUUCGUUGCCAUUCGUUGGCUAUUUCUAAGUUUCCCUGAACAAGUAACAAUAGGCACCCAGGAAAGAAACAUUUGGCGCGGGUCUCGAUGGUCGAAUACAAAACAACGCGAAACCGUGGCUCCGCUGACACAUUAAUGCGCGUUUUAUACGGCUGCAGAGACAACGACACGAAAUUCGUCGCCUGGCA